AUGGAGCAGCUAUCGGAUGAGGAGCUUGACCAUGGGGCAGAAGAAGACAGUGAUAAGGAAGACCAGGACUUGGACAAGAUGUUUGGAGCCUGGCUUGGAGAACUGGACAAACUUACUCAGAGCUUGGAUACAGAGAAGCCAGAAGAACCAGUGAAAAGAUCUCCUCUGCGCCAGGAGACCAAUCUUGCAAAUUUUUCAUACCGCUUCUCUAUGUACAAUCUAAAUGAAGCUCUAAAUCAAGGAGAUGCUGUGGAUUUAGAUGCUCUCAUGGCUGAUCUCUGCUCCAUUGAGCAGGAACUUAGUAGCAUUGGGUCACAUUCCUCCAAGAACACCCUAAAAUCUCAUGAACGUAAAGCUUCUCAGAAGCCACCUGCUGGCCGUACAAGCAUCAAACAGAGCAGCUUAAGGGGAUUACCUUCCUCAUCUGGAAAAAUAACCAAACCUUCUCAUGCCAACUACUCCUUGGAUGACAUUACUGCUCAGUUGGAACAAGCCUCUCUAAGCAUGGAUGAAGCAGCAAGGCAGACAGUUGUGGAAGAUACCAAACCAGUUGUAACCAUCCAUCACAGGCGAACGGCUUCGGCAGGCACGGUCAGCGAUAGUGAUCUCCGUUCUGUUAGUAAUUCUUCCCGUUCCAGCAUCACCUCAGCAGCCUCCAGCAUGGAUUCCCUGGAUAUUGACAAAAUGACUAGACCUCAAGAACUAGACCUGGUACAACAAAGCCAGCCCAUAUCUGAGGAGGAACAAGCUGCCAAAAUUAAGGCAGAGAAGAUUCGAAUCGCUCUUGAAAAAAUAAAAGAAGCUCAAGUGAAAAAGCUGGUGAUCAGAGUUCACAUGUCAGACGACAGCUCCAAGACAAUGAUGGUGGAUGAGAGACAAACAGUACGGCAGGUGCUGGACAAUUUGAUGGAUAAAUCCCACUGUGGAUUCAGCCUGGAUUGGUCACUGGUGGAAACGAUUUCUGAGCUGCAGAUGGAUCGUAUUUUUGAAGACCAUGAAAAUCUAGUUGAGAACUUGUUGAACUGGACCCGUGACAGUCAAAACAAGCUGAUGUUUGUGGAACGCAUUGAGAAAUACGCAUUGUUCAAAAACCCACAAAACUACCUUUUAGGAAGGAAAGAGACCUCUGAAAUGGCAGACCGAAAUAAAGAAGUUUUGCUAGAGGAAUGCUUCUGUGGUAGUUCAGUAUCUGUCCCAGAAAUUGAGGGGGUCCUUUGGCUAAAGGAUGAUGGGAAAAAAUCCUGGAAAAAGCGCUAUUUCCUACUCCGAGCAUCUGGUAUUUACUAUGUACCUAAAGGAAAAGCGAAGGCAUCUAGAGACCUUGUCUGUUUUCUUCAACUGGAUCACGUUAAUGUUUACUAUGGUCAGGAAUACCGCAGCAAAUAUAAAGCACCCACUGACUACUGCCUGGUGUUAAAGCAUCCACAAAUCCAGAAAAAGUCUCAGUAUAUCAAGUAUCUGUGCUGUGAUGAUGUCCGAACUUUACACCAGUGGGUUAACGGAAUCCGCAUAGCAAAGUAUGGGAAGCAGCUCUACACUAAUUAUCAGGAGGCUUUGAAGAGGACAGAGGCAGCUUAUGAUUGGACAUCCCUGUCUAGUUCCAGCAUGAAAUCCGGAUCCAGCUCUUCCAGUUUGCCAGAAUCACAGUCUAACCAUUCCAACCAAUCAGACAGCGGACUUUCUGACUCCCUGGCCUCCUGCCAUGUCCGUUCCCAGAGCAUUGUGAGCUCCAUCUUCUCAGAAGCCUGGAAGAGAGGAACCCAGCUGGAGGAGUCCAGCAAGGCUCGGAUUGAGACCUUAAAUCGACCCCUAACAUCACUGACUCCACAAUCACACAUCCAGUGUAAGCAAAAUGCUGCCCAGUAUCCAGGGCCAACCUUCAAAGCACCUUCAGCAAUUCAAACAACUCAACACAGUACAGUCACCACAAGGCCACAGGUGUUUAUAACUCCAAAUGGAGCAAUCCCUCCACCCCCACCACCGCCUCCUCCUCCUCCACCACCACCUCCUGGAUCUGCCAUGGCAAUGUUAAAACUCACAAAUCCAUGUGUGCCACAGAUGCCUCAGUUUACACCGCCUCCACCUCCUCUCAAAAUUCAUCAGAUUGAAAAGAAUUCCACUGUCCAGACUGCACAGCCUCCACCACCCCCACCUCCUCCACCCCCGCCUCCUCCACAAUCAUUCCAAGCUCCAAACAAGCAGUUUGUGCCUGUUGCUAAAACGUCAGUACCUGCUGCUAGUCCAGCAUCCACUAUUGCCACGGGACCACCUACAGUACCGAAAAAGCAGCUACACUUCACACUUUCCCAAACUCAACAGCCUAUUUCAGCACCAUUAGUUCCUUCUGGCCCAACGCCACCUCCAACGCUGCCUAAACAGCAAAGCUUUUCUGCCAAGCCUUCUUCCUCCCCACAGUCAGUCAUGCCCUCAGUUAAGCAAAUUGCUAGUCAGUUCCCACAAAUGCCUCUUUCAGAUUCCCAGCCACCUAAGCCAGCAACUCCAAGUACUGCUCCCCAGUCUCCCCCAGCUGUCAAAGCAAAACCAAAAUGGCAGCCAUUUUCUGUUCCAUCACCUGAAUUUCCUCCUCCUCCCCCUGAGAGUAGCUUAGACUUGCUGCCACCCCCUCCACCACCACCACCUCUUCCUCCUUCAACAUCACCUGUGCCACCACCUUCUCCAACGCCAGACAAAACAGGCUCUCCUUCCAAAAAAUCAAGCAAGACUUCAAGCCCUGGAGGCAAAAAGCCGCCUCCUACUCCACAGCGUAACUCUAGCAUUAAAUCCAACAGCUCUGCAGAGUACUAUGAGUCAAAGAAAUCAUCCGUGGACAGCCUUGUUAGCAAAUUUGAGGAAUCACCUGGAUCUCCAUCUAAGGAAUCAGCACACCCACCUGCAGCUCCACCAAAGCCCGUUAAACUUAAUCUCUCUGGGGUAAACUUGCCUAUGGCCUUUCAGCAAGUAAACCUUUCUGCUCAGAUGUUGCCUUCCACAAAAGAACCCACCAUGGAGUUUCCAUCUCCGCCGUCUGAUUCAGAAUCUGAUUUUCCACCUCCACCAGCAGAUCUUGAGCUUCUUCCACCUCCACCUCCACCUCCAGAUGGCCCUCCUGCUUUGUUUUCUGGCAGCACCUCACCAAAAGUGGCUGUAGUGAACCCACAACCUCAGACGUGGUCAAAAUCAUCUGUCAAGAAAGCCCCACCACCCACUAGACCGAAACGAAAUGACAGCAUGAGGCUAAUGCAAGCUGAAGUGACAGAACCUACUCCCAUUAGUCCUCAAGUACCAACCUCACCGAAGCCCAGUCUAAGUGUACAACCGGAGUUUCUUGCUGACCUUAAUAAGACUCUGCAGCGAAAGUCUAUUACACGACAUAGUUCACUUUCCUCAGCCCGUUCAUCCAGACCAGAACCCACUGCCACAAUGGAUGAUAUGGUACUUCCUCCACCACCACCAGAACUAUUAGGAGACCAUAAAAAACCAAACUGCUAUGGAAGCGGCAAUUUAUCAGGCUAUGCAACGUUACGAAGGGGACCACCUCCUGCCCCACCUAAAAGAGACCAGAAUACCAAACUUUCUGGAGAUUGGUAAUCAGUUAACAACUUUUUGCCUAGUUACAAACUGUAAAAACUAAUGUACUAUGAUUUAGGAUCCUUGUGUCAUAAUAUUCAGUCAAGAAAUGCCGUUUGGGAUAAAGGUCAUUGUGCACUUCAUAUGCCUCCUGUUCAGCAGAAACAAUUUCCAGAGAUCCAAUGCUAGUUCCCAAUGCGGACAGGACCAAAACACAGUUCAUAUUCUACAUAUAAAGAAACCUUUUUGUAGUGUAUGUUGGUGUGCAGUGUGUCUGCAUGUAUUCCUACAAUAGGCUUAUAAUUCUGUAAUUAAUAAUAUAGCAGAUGUACAAUAAAAGAUAACAAGAAUGUUUUAUCUCACUCUGUCUGGAUUGGGUUAGGAAAGUUUUUAAAACUUGGUGCAGUAGAUGUUCUACUAUUCAAGUCACCCAUGUCAGUAUGACUUUAAGUGAACCUGUGAGACAUUUUAAACUAAUAGUCCUG